AAAUAAAGGGCUGGAAAGUUGUUCGGUGAGUUGUUCGGUGAAAGAGAACAGAAGGAGGCGAUAGCCGGGCAAGGAGAGAGGGCAAGUUAGUCCUGACGAAGGGUCUCGGUGUGAAACGUCAACUGUACCUCUUCCUAGAGAUACUGCCUGGCCUGCUGCGUUCACCAGCAACUUUGACGUGUGUUGCUUGAAUUUCCAGCAUCUGCAGAAUUCCUCGUGUUUGCAACUAACACUGCAGAAUUCACCAUGUCCAAGCAAAGAACAGUGUACCUGGAGUGUGGGAAAUCUACCCAAGUACUUUAUGUCAUUGGAACUGUGAUUAAUGUUGAUAUUUACAAGCCAUCUCCUCCAUUAUGUCAGGCCUUUCAAGUCACCUCAAGUCCUGAUGUUGUUUGUUCCAUCUCAGAUCGAAAUAAUUCAAAUAUUGCUGCUCAAUCUGCAAAUCGCUGGACUCUCAGUGAAGAGAUCUUUCUUGAGAUUAAGGUGGACCAAGUAAGCCAUACUCCCAAUGAUAAAAAGGUUACGGUUAUGUUCUACAGAGGUGAUUUGGCAGAGCCCAUUGACCAGAUGACCCUUGAGCUCACGGCAAUCAUUGUGUCACUGGACGUGGAUGCAGAUCGUGAUGGUAUUAUUGAGAAGAAUAAUCCCAAUAAGGGUUCCUGGAAGUGGGGUUCCAAAGGACACGGAGCCAUUCUUCUUGUGAACUGCGACCGGGAGGAGGACAGUGGAAUUGACAACUCUGAUGACAAAGUUUCCGUACUUGAAGACUUGGAAGACAUGUCACGUAUGAUCCUAAGAACCGAAGGGCCGAACAAUUUGCCAGAUGGGUACAAACUGAAACUGUCCAUUUCUCCUCCUGAUAAAGAGAAAGUGCAGAUCUUUCGCCAUGAUAUGACAAAAAUGACGAGAGUGCUGGGUAGAACGAAGAUGUCAACUGAUGUGGAAUUUACAAAAGGGAACAACGAAAUUCAUUUCUUUGCUGAAGGGCUCGUGUUUCCAAAUGUUGAGAUGACUAAACUGGUGACCAUCCACCUUGACUUGCUGCAAAAGCUUCACCAAGACAUUCCCAUUUUCACCGAACAAGUCAUAUUUUGUUUGGCUCCAUGGAUUAUGACUCCUAAUACUCUGUGUCCUGCAGAAGUAUUUGUGUGCAGUGUAAAAUAUAAUGUAAAAUUCCUGGAAGAAUUCAGAGGAUUUGUGGAAAAGGCACAGUACAAGCUAACAGUUUGUCCUGAAAGCAAGAACAUGUCAGAUCUCUGGAUUCAGGAUGAAAUUGAAUUUGGUUACUCAGAGGCUCCUUGCAAGUUCCUGAACGUGGUGUUGGACUCUCCUCGAGACAGGGGACUAAAGGAUUAUGCCUACAAAUACCUCCUGGGUUCAGAUUUUGGAUACAUACACGUGGCAGGUGAAGAGAGGAACAGUCUGAACAGCUUUGGAAAUCUGGAGGUCAGCCCUCCAGUGACAGUGAACGGAAAGGAGUAUCCACUGGGGAGGAUCAUCAUUGGAAGCAGUUUUCCCAAUUCUUCUGGCGGGAGAAAGAUAUCAAAGGCCAUUCAGGACUUUUUGAUUGCUCAGGAAGUGCAGUCUCCUAUUGUGCUGUUCUCUGACUGGUUGGCUGUAGGUCAUGUGGAUGAGUUCAUGACCUUUGUUCCAGCCCCUGACAGAAAGGGUUUCAGGCUUCUACUGGCCAGUCCAGAUUCUUGCUACAGGCUGUUUAAGAAGCUCAAGGAAGAAGGUUAUGGAGAAGCCCUGAUGUUUGAAAAACAAAAUGGGAAGCAAGUCAAAAUUAAUGAAAUCCUGAACAAUCAAACGCUGCAUGAGAUGAAUGCUUUUGUACAGCAAUGUAUUAAUUGGAACAGAGAUGUGCUGAAGAUGGAAUUGGGAUUAGAUGAAGGAGAUAUCAUUGAUAUUCCUGUUUUGUUUCAUCAGUUGAAUUACUUGACAAAAGUUUCAGCUUACUUUCCAGAUAUGGUGAACAUGAUAGUCAUUGGCAAAUUCCUAGGCAUUCCAAAGCCGUUUGGGCCGCUGAUAAAUGGAAAAUGCCCACUGGAAUCUGCAGUGCGUUCGGCACUGGAACCACUUGGCCUGGAUUGCACCUUUAUUGAUAAUUUCGACUCCUACCACGUACGCCUUGGUGAAGUUCACUGUGGCACAAAUGUCCGUCGGAAGCCAUUUACUUUAAAGUGGUGGAACAUGGAGAUAUAAUCAGCAGCUGCAGUAUCCACAAGGAGUAAAGUCUUGUUUUAUUUUUCAUCUUGGGCUUUGAUAAAGUGUGACCUGCUGAAAUGGUCACCACUCUUUGACUUGGAACCUCUGCUUAUCUCUUCUCAUGACCUUAAAAGAUGCCACAGAUCCAUUUUCGAAGCUGUCCCAUUCACCCAGUUCGUUUCCUCAAUACUCGGCCUGGGAAUUGAAUCAUUUGACCUGGAAGUGGGAAUUGUUACUCAUUUCACUCAGUACCAGGUGCUUCACUGGAGCCGACCCAAAGUAAAAUUACACUCACGGUAAACUAGUGGCAUUGGUUCAAGAGAAUUCUAAUCAUCCCACGCAAUUGGUACCAGAUUUUUGCAAAAACCAAUAGCUUCAAGCUGUUAAGAUAGCAGUGGUAGUCUUUCAUACUGAUGAUUGACAGCUCAGACCCUCACAAAUGCUACCUAUACAUCCCUGGGGUUAGAGAGGCAAAUACACUUUCUGGACCUGUUGAUUCACUUGGAGGACAGUGUUCAUGCUAAAAAAUCUACUUAUGUAUAUGUCUUUGGUUCCUCGAAUCAAUUUUUGAGCAAUCCUUGAACAAAAUGGUCUACACUCCUGGCCAAAGAGAAGACAGUGUUCUUUAGAAUGUAUUAAGGAUAUUGUACUUCAUAAAUCACUGCUAUCUUCCAUCCUUAAAAUGUCUUUUAUAAACAAAAUAUUUCCAGUCUGGUAACAAAGGUUUGUAGCAGAGGAGGAGGAUGAUGGUCUUUCAGAAUCAAUUUCUACAAUGCCAACUCUUUCUAAAACUUGCAGAAACUUAAAUCAACUCAAUCACUCACUUGAUGGCUGACCAACCCCAAUCCCCCAUUUGGGGCCUAUCAGCUUUUCCUUCCUUCAACCCCUGACCAUGGUUCAUGAGGUUAUAAUAGGAAAGUCAUAUUAACUAACAAAACUGAUUUAUUUUCAGUACAUGGUUGAACGAGGGAUCACUGCAAAUAAAGCAAUCACCAAGUGAUGAGUUGGUGGAUUUGUCCAUCUGAGCAACUCUGCUAUUCACAUUGCAUAGCUGGGGAAAAGAUUACUAUGGAUGAAAUAAAAUAUGAACAUGGGUGGAAACAUUAGAAAUUGAUUUAACACUUCCCUCCCUAGCAUUUUUCAUUACCAAUCCAACAAAUUUUAACAUCACAGAAACUACAGUAAUGGGUUUAAAUCCACUUUUCUUGAAGUUCUCUGCAACACUGCACCUUCUGUUCUCAUAUCUUUCUCAUUCUUCUUCUCCUUUCUUUCUGCAGACAACCAGAAGGGACAAUUGUGCUGAUCUCGCCAAUUAUCCCAAUCUCACAGAGAUUGAUUUGUUCACUUACAUUGUUUGGUGGCUCAGCAAAUCAAAGCAUUUUUGGAAAAAUUUUUAAAAGUGUAAUGGCUUCUUUGUAAUGUUUCACUGCUGAGGCUAAUGUAAUGGCUUCUCUGUUAUAUUCACUGCUGAGGUAAUGGUUUCUCUGUAGCAGCAAUAUUUGGGUUAUGGCUAGAGAUAACGGGGCUUUGGAAUGCAGGGGUUAGCCAAUGAGGAAAUGUUCUUCCUUGUGUGUCUGGGAGCCGGGUUUUUCGCGGUAUUUUGUCGAGGAGAGAUGAAGAGGGAAGACGCGUGUGGAGGGAGCUGGUAGACCACUGGACGGAGUGGACUGGGAUCUGAAGAUUGGUGACGUUCGGAGGAGACUGAUGGUGGAAGAAUGAUUUCUGAGUGAGCUCCAAUGUAAUUUUGACUGUGACUUGGGCCCUUUUUGUUUCUGUUUAUUUUCAUUACUAACCCUAUAGUCAGAUUGAGAUUCAUAAAGUUCUAUCAUUUAAUUGCAUAUGGUGUACUGUCUGAUAUUUUGCAGUGGGGGUUCGUAACUGGGGUUACAUUACACAUCAUCCACACAAACGUGAUUACCCAGUUUGGCGGGGCUGAAGGCUGAUUCCCUGAGACGAACGCUAGCUGGACGAGCCUGAGGGUUACAUAAGGAAGCAGCGGUUGUCCAUUUUCCUGCUUGGAAAUGUUCAGCCUUGCCAUAAAUCCUGCUGACAUUUAUCAAAGUUGCACUUGCCGAGCUUUUGCUCUCUAUUUUAUCUUUGCUACAAGUUAAGCUAAACUAUGCACUCAAGUUGCAUGAACAGUAAUAGAUUAUCUUUCUUCUUCGCUCUGGCUCAAGGAUUGUGAGAGCUACCAUUGAGCCC